AUGCAACAGGAAGAUGCGAUUGCGCGUAGUUUGGGGCGUGCCGAAACGGUUCCUGGUCUUUCGGCCAACUCAGCCCGUGGAUUGGGCAGUCGGAUAUUUCGCUUUGCUGGAUUCUCGACCUGUCUCUGA